AGGUUGAGGAGCAACGACUGGGUGAAUGAAACGGACGAGAGUUUCAACUUUAAGUGUUUUUUUUAAAGAGUACGGGACUCGCUCUCCUCACUCCCGCUGAUGUUGACGGGACCGGACAGGCUCCUCCGCGGCGAAUCAGCGGCAAUGUCAGCCCGACCGAGGGGCUCAAGGAUGAAGCGCGUCUCGGAGCAACGCGGCUCAACUAUAGCUACGGUGCAGUAGUGUGUAAAAUCAUCGCCUGGUUGUUUUCGCCUGCGCUGAGCUUUGAACACGUUGUCCUUUGUGACCAAGAAGCUCACGUUUCUUCAGGAGAUUCCUGUGCAACAAGAGAAGAACUCCGGUCCGGCUGAUCCUGCAUGUACAUUGUGUUUGCAGCGAUUGUUCAGGCCUCCUGUCUCUCGGCUGGACAGCAUCGAAGCGCACAAAACCUCUGGCAAAAUGUCAAGGAUGCUCCGGCAGGGAGCGCAGACCGCAGAGAGAGCAGCAUGACUGGCAACCCUGAGACACAGGACACGGGUCAGAAGUAGGGUUGAGAGAAGAGUUGUUGUUUUAGAGACAUUUUAACCCAGACAGACAGAAUGGGGCUGCUUGACAUUUGUGUAUUUUCCUGGGCUUCUUCUACGUGACACUGUGUGCGCCCUUUUUGGCUCAGAGUGCGCCAGGACCCUGCUGCUGCUGUGCGGUUCGGGUGUGAACUGGAGCACCGGUGGGUGCCGCAGAUUAAAAGACAGAUCGGAGAGGGGGGUCAAGAGAUUGUUUUAGUGAGGGGAAAUCCCCACCAGGAGCCCCGCCGCUCCUCAUUACGCCAUGGAUGACUCGGGGAUAAUCCGGCGCCGGAGGCUGCAGGAUUUACCACUGCCUCGCAAGAACAGCAGUUGCCGUACAAGCAACAGAAAAAGUCUUAUCCUGACCACCACUUCCCCCACGCUGCCUCGCCCACACUCCCCUCUACCGUUACCUGGACACCUCGGGAGCAGCCCUCUGGACAGCCCACGAAACUUCUCUCCCAGCAACCCUGCACACUUCUCGUUCGCCUCUUCCAGAAGAGCGGACGGACGACGAUGGUCUUUAGCAUCUUUGCCAUCAUCUGGAUAUGGCACCAACACUCCCAGCUCAACGUCCUCCAGCUCCUCUCAGGAGCGGCUGCACCAGCUGCCCUUCCAGCCCACCAUGGACGAGCUCCACUUCUUAUCCAAGCACUUUGGCAGCACCGAGAGCAUCACGGAUGACGACGGAGGCCGCUGCUCUCCCCACAUGCGCCCGCGCUCCCGCAGUCUCAGCCCGGGACGUUCCUCCUCCUGCUAUGAUAAUGAGAUAGUCAUGAUGAACCAUGUGUACAAAGAGCGCUUUCCAAAGGCCACAGCACAGAUGGAGGGGAGGCUGGCUGAGUUCAUCCACGCUUUCUCUCCUGAAAAUGUUCUUCCACUGGCCGACGGAGUCCUCAGCUUCAUUCACCACCAGAUCACAGAGCUGUCCAGAGACUGCCUGGCCAAAUCCCGUGAGGGCCUCAUCACCUCCGUCUACUUCUUUGAGCUGCAGGAGAACCUGGAGAAGCUUCUUAAUGAUGCCUUUGAGCGUUCUGAGAGCUCGGAGGUAGCCUUCGUCACAGAGUUGGCCAAGAAGCUUCUCAUCAUCAUCUCCCGGCCUGCCAGGCUUCUGGAGUGUCUGGAGUUUAACCCAGAAGAGUUCUACCAUCUGCUGGAGGCAGCAGAGGAUCACGCCAAGGAGGGUCACUUGAUGAAAACGGACAUUCCUCGUUACAUCAUCAGCCAGCUGGGACUGACCAGAGACCCGAUUGAAGAGAUGGUAAACCUUGAUAGUUACGAGAGCGAGGGGCCGCUGACACCUGAAACAGAUGAUUCGACAGAGGGUAAGAUUAAAACAAUGAAACCACCAGGAGAAGCAGACUUCCAGACCAUCAAGCUGAUCAGUAAUGGAGCGUACGGUGCCGUGUACCUGGUGCGUCAUCUGGAGACACGUCAACGCUUUGCCAUGAAGAAGAUCAAUAAGCAAAAUCUGAUCCUGAGGAAUCAAAUCCAGCAGGCUUUUGUGGAAAGAGACAUCCUCACUUUUGCAGAAAAUCCCUUUGUCGUCUCCAUGUUUUGUUCCUUUGAAACUCGUCGGCACCUCUGCAUGGUCAUGGAGUACGUAGAAGGUGGAGACUGUGCCACUCUGCUGAAGAACAUCGGGGCUCUGCCUGUGGAAAUGGCACGUAUGUACUUUGCCGAGACCGUCCUCGCACUGGAAUACUUACACAACUAUGGCAUUGUACACCGUGACCUCAAGCCUGACAACCUCCUGAUUACCUCAAUGGGCCACAUCAAGCUCACAGACUUCGGCCUUUCUAAGAUGGGUCUGAUGAGUCUGACCACCAACCUGUAUGAAGGACACAUAGAGAAGGACACUCGGGAGUUCUUGGAUAAACAGGUGUGUGGAACUCCAGAGUACAUUGCCCCGGAGGUUAUUCUUCGUCAGGGUUAUGGGAAGCCAGUGGACUGGUGGGCUAUGGGCAUCAUCCUCUAUGAGUUUCUGGUGGGCUGUGUGCCUUUCUUUGGAGACACGACAGAGGAACUGUUUGGGCAGGUCAUUACAGAUGACAUCGUGUGGCCAGAAGGGGAUGAGGCUCUCCCUGUUGACGCCCAGCACCUGAUCUCCUCCCUUCUGCAGACCAAUCCACUGGUUCGACUCGGCACAGGUGGUGCUUUUGAAGUGAAGCAGCACUCAUUCUUUACAGAGGUGAACUGGAACAGCCUGCUGAGACAGAAGGCAGAGUUCAUUCCUCACCUAGAGUCGGAGGAAGACACUAGUUAUUUUGACACUCGAUCUGAGCGCUACCAUCAUGUGCAGUCGUACGAUGAGGAUGACACCAACGACGACGAGCCCGUGGAGAUCCAUCGCUUCUCCUCCUGCUCCCCUCGCUUCAGCAAGGUGUACAGCAGUAUGGAGCAUCUGUCCCAGCUGGAGCAUAAACCACAUGGCGUGACUCUACGGGAGCACAAGGUCCCCAGGGAGGAUCGAGUGGCCAAGAGAGAAAGCCUGGGUAGCCUCACCCUCAGGGACAAGAGCUGGAGAACUGGAUCGCCUGAGAUGAAGCGUUUAUCCUGCUCCGAGUCCUCCUUCAUGGAGAGCGACUCCAGCCCGCCGUCUGGAGCCCGAAGACGCUUCUCUGCUCUCAUAGAUACACAGCGCCUGGCCUCCCCUCUGGAGGUCGACUCUGAACUGCCUGUUUCCAGCAGGCAGCCUCCAGUGAAGGCCAGAGGGGCCUCCCUGGAAGGAGCCAUCACCUCUCAAGGUGAUCUGAAAACACUCCUUAAAGACAGCAAUGGGCUUGCAGCUGGAGACAAAAUUUUGAGACCUGCUGAUGCAUCGUUGCCUCUACCAGGCAGUGCUACUGUUCUGGGCCUUCCAGACCCACAGGGGCCCCGAGGGGCCACCACUGACCUGGUGCUGCGGAGGGUUCGCCACCAUCAGCUCUCUGAAGGAGAGAAACGUAACUCACGACCAGGAACCAAAGUGAUCAAAUCUGCUUCUGCUACUGCUUUGUCUGUCAUCAUUCCUGCAGUGGAGCAACAUGUCGCCUCUCCGCUGGCGAGCCCCAUGUCUCCUCGCUCCCUCUCGUCCAACCCGUCCUCCCGUGACUCCUCCCCCAGCAGAGAUUACUCUCCAGUGGUCAACGUCCUGCAUUCUCCAAUCACCAUCCACCGAUCAGGGAAGAAGUAUGGCUUCACUCUUCGAGCCAUCAGAGUCUACAUAGGAGACAGUGAUGUUUACAGCGUACAUCACAUGGUCUGGCAUGUGGAGGACGGAGGUCCCGCCCAGGAGGCUGGACUUAGUGCUGGUGACCUCAUCACUCAUGUAAACGGGGAGUCAGUCCAUGGUCUGGUCCAUACAGAGGUGGUGGAGCUCAUCCUGAAGAGUGGAAGCAAGGUGACAGUGACAACAACUCCAUUUGAAAACACCUCUAUAAAAGUGGGUCCAGCCCGGAAGUCAAGCUAUAAAUCCAAGAUGGCGCGGCGAAGCAAGAGGGCAGGAGCCAAGGAGGGACAAGAGAAGAAGCGCAGCUCACUGUUCAGGAAAAUCACCAAGCAGUCGAACCUGCUCCACACCAGCCGGAGCCUCUCCUCUUUAAACCGCUCUCUGUCAUCUGGAGACAGCCUCCCAGGCUCCCCCACCCACAGCCUCUCCGCCCGCUCACCCACUCAGAGUUACCGCUCCAAUCUCACUGAAUCCACUUAUCUGGGCACCUCCUCCCAGAGCAGCUCCCCAGCCUCUAGUACCCCCAACUCCCCAGCAGCCUCCCACCACAUGAGGCCCAGCUCCCUGCACGGCCUGUCUCCCAAACUGCACCGCCAGUACCGCUCUGCACGCUGCAAAUCUGCCGGCAACAUCCCUCUAUCGCCCUUGGCUCACACCCCCUCCCCCACCACCUCCUCUCCUCCACCUCUCAGCGGCCACACGGUCGGAAGCUCCAACACCACGCAGAUGUUUCCUGCCAAGCUGCACUCCUCGCCGCCCGUCGCCCGCCCUCGUCCCAAAAGCGCAGAGCCGCCCAGGUCGCCCCUGCUGCAGCGGGUGCAGUCGGCGGAAAAGCUUGGGGCGCCGAUUCUGCCUUCCUCCUCCUCGUCAUCAUCGUCUCCUUCUCCUCUGACAGGCGGGGUGUCGUUGCGGAAGCAUAGCCUGGAGGUGUCGCACGGGGACUACAGGAGAGAGUCCUUCCACUGUGAGCACAGUCUACAGAGCCUGCUAGAGAUGGAAGGAGAGAACGGACCUGCUCCUCCAUCCCCUUCAUCAUCCUCCUCCCCCUCUCCGCCUAUGGGAGGGGAGAUUGGAGGCCUGAAGCCUGUUAGGAGGCUGGGAAGGCAGGAGUCACCGCUCAGCCGUGACACUCUGCUCAGGGAGAAAGAUACCCAGACCUCAGCGUCUGAGCUCAGCAGGUCGCAAACUGAGAGCACGGCUACUAAAGCUGAGGCCAAGACUACUGAAGCAUCGCGUCAAACAUCCACUUCUGAGACUAUAAAGCUUAAUGCAAGUGUAGCUGCAGUGAAGUCUAGUCCAGUACCGGCUUCAUCCACUACAGAGGCCAAGCCUAGCCAAGGGGACAAGCCUCAAAAAGUAAGUACUUCAAGUUCUGAAGCAGCAGUCUCAAAGAGUAAACCCAGUGAGAAAGGCUCUAGUCCCGGGAUAUCAAAGGGCCUGCAACAACAAGACAGUAAGCAGCAGGCUGUACAGACAGAUAGUGGACCUACAGCUAAACCUCAGGAGAAGACUGAGGAGAAAGUGAAACCUGCUGCAGGUUCAGACAAAGGAAACACACAGAAAGUAUCAUCUGCAGAGCAGUCCAAGCCACGUAAAGGAACGGAGCCGGGAGAGAAAGGAGGCAGCGAUAAAGCAACUGAGAGCACUAAGGUCAAAGGACCCGCCCCGCCAGUUCCCCUCCACGCUACAGCUCAUGUGCCCCCUGCUGCCAGAUCCAAAAUGGAGAAGGUAUCAAGCAGUUAUCGCGGAGCUAAGGAGGAGAGGCCACACCUGGAGGUCCUGGAAGAGAAUCCCAUGUCGCCCCCCUCUAACGCCGCCUCGCCUUGCAACAGCAAGUCUCGCCCCAUGUCUCCAGGGGAUAAAGGCAGCUUUGUCAACCAGCUCACGAGCGUGGCCAAAACAGUGCUCGGGCCUAUGAAAGUGGGCUCGCAAGAGGGGGCAAAGGUCAAAGACGGCUCCAAGUCGAGUGAAGAGAAGCGAGGAAGCGCAGCAGGAAAAGCAGAGGCGUCGUCUGGGGGCGGGCGCCGCGGGGCUCAGACAGCAGCGAGCCCUGCCACGGCUCAGUCUGAUAAAGGAAACAGUCGCAGCUCCAAACAUCACUCGUGAUAAGAGAGCUUCAGAGAGACUCUCCCAUGUAAUGCCUUCUACUGUAGCAUCACACUGACAUAUCGUGAAUUAACAUGACUUUGAAAGGAGCGGAGACAUAAAUGCCUGAAGAAAUAACACCAAAUAGAUGACAUGUGACAUGUAGACACAUAAGAUGUGAACAAAGAUGCAUCAGCCAUGUUGGAAAAUGUGGUAUCAUAAUGUAGUAUGUACUGUAUGUUCAAUGUGUUGUAUACAUAGACUGUAAAAAAACUUGGCCUGAUAGCUCCCCAUAAGUAAAGCCAAAACAUCUUGUUCGCCCCCUGGUGGCCGGCUGCAGUACAGGUCAUAACAUCUACCCCCUCCGUGUUAGCAGAAGGGCUAAAUUAAAAACUCAAAGUACAUGUCAAACACAUUUUCCCCCAAAGAAGACUUCUGUCAUUAUUGGUAGGUGCUAUUCUGCUAAGUUUUAACUCGUUAUUUGAUGCUAUAAAACAAGGACAGCGUCAUCAUGAUUUACAAUUGUGCUCUGACUGGGUAGGGUGAGUGCUUCAGGUGGUACUGCAGCUCAUUACUGUGCUUAUGAAAGCUUCUCAGUGGCGCAUGAAGCUGAAAAAUUUGGAUGUCUUUGCAUAAAAAUAUUAUAUCUUCUAUGGCUCUUUAUGGGGGCCCACAAGCGCACUAGGGCCUUCCACCGGCUGAGCAACAAGAGUCUAACUGCAGUCUUGCAGGCUACACGACAUGCCCACUUUACUACUAGACACAGGGAUAACUUUAAUUUUUAUAAUUACAACAACUGUUUUUUCCUCAACCUAACCAAGUAGUAUUCGUCCCUAAACCUAACUAAGUAGUUUUGUCACCUAACCAAUCUGUGGCGGUUUAGAGGCGGUGUCAUGUGGUAAGAAUAUCCUGUAGUACUGUGAACACACAGAUAGACUUACUUAGCCUGAGCCGGCUACUUCUGGUUUAGCACUCCUCUAACUUAUAUGGGGAUUAAAUUAUUUAAUUGUACCGCUCUUCUAGACUUUAUUGAACCUGAUGAAUGAAUCAAAUUAUGUCUAAUUGGCCGGCCUUACUGUAUCUGGGAAAAGGGUCUAACUGCAAUCUUGCAGGUUCAACAACACACCCACUUUACUACAUGACACACGACUGGAGAUAACUUCAGAUAUAACAUAUUUAUUUAAAUUCAAACCACGAUUUUGACUAAUCCUAACCAAGUAGUUUUAACAUUAACAAACAUGACAGAAGUCAGGCGCUAUAGAAGCCUUAGUGUUACUUUAUAUCAACUUUUGGAUUACGAAGCACUCAGUUCGUUCUUCAUUUUACCGUUCUACCUUUUUAUUUCCUGUCACGUUUCAAAAUAAAAGCCCCCAUUUUACACUAGAUGGCACCUUUUCAAAAUAAAAGCAUCAAAACAUUGCAAAACACCUACAAAAUAUACAAACAUAAAAAACAAGCUAUAAAAUACAAAUACACCACUAACAACCCUGCUGAAGGUCAUUUACACAAACUGUGUCUUGGAGUAGUCAUGUCCUGUCGUACUGUGGACCCACAGAUAGACCUACUUGGGAUAUUUUGGCUUCAUUUUAUACAGUGGGAGAAAGUGGAGACACGUCAUUCAUUUUUUAUACAGUCUAUGGUUGUAUAUAGGAAAAAAUGCAUAUGUCUUAAUGCAUGUCCAACACUGUACAUGGAAAAUGGAAGAAUAUUUAAAAAGAAGAUGAAAAAUAUAAAGCAGACCUGGUGGUAAACACUGUGAACAACUUUUCAACAGGCAAACUGUGUGUAAACAAGCAGGAUUAUGUUAUAACUGGGCAUUACUCGCAUUUCAGAUCAGCUUCAGUGCCAUCAUUUAGUUCAGCUGCAUUUCAGUUACUUAACAAGUUCAGGCUUGUACAUGUAGUGAAGAAUCCAACAAACAUACUGGAAACUGGACCAAGAUACUAAAAAUGGUUGAAUCAGCUGGUGUGCUUUAGAUCUGUUUAAGGGCUGAAUUUUUGGUGGAAUUGGAAGAUUAGAUGAACUUGCACAGGGACACUAUGCAAUGUGCUCAUAAUGACACUUUUUUUUUCUGGUGUCCCCAAUUACUAAGUUUACAUUGUGCUCCGGACGAGAAGAGAAGACAGAGGAAAGGGUUGCAAUAAGCCGAGCAAAUACUUUUUUUUUUAAACGUUGUCUCCAUUCAUCAUAGUGAAAUGUGCAAUUAUAUAUUUUAGGCUGUUAAGUGAAUAGUGUGUCUGGUAAGGAGGCAAAGUGUGUAGAGAAGCACACAGACUUAUAAGAGAGUAGGAUAGAAUUGCUCCUUCACUCACUCUUUUCUGUUUAUGCAGAUGUAUAUUGUGUAAUGUUACGUGUGAAGGAAAGUGCCAGUCUGUUUAUUUAUGGAUGAUGUGAUUUUUUUGUUUACAAUUAAAUGUGUAAUAAUAUGCAAUCCAACGGUGCCCAGUUUCAUAAAACGGCGCACUCUUGUCAGUGAUACAGUAGUAGACUAUAUACAAAGCCGGGAGUAGAUAUGUCGAGAGCAUCUUAGUGGUGAGGUCUUGUUGUUCUUGUGUGUUACAGAAAAAUGAUCUUGAUAGACCUGUCUUAGAUUUACACCAAAAGUCCUGAGAUAGCUGUAAAUUUACCUGGGGAUCUUUUCAUUUCAUACACCAUAAUUCUGAUGCUUCAUUAUUUUGUUGGCAGACAAGUUUAGAUCAAUUUCAGUCUGAGCUUGAAAGUAUCCUUUAGGACAGGGGUAGGCAACCUACGGCAACCUGCAGCAGGCCAUCUGCAGUGGCUCCAAGUGGAUGUGACAAAAAACAAAACAAAAAAAAUGUACAUUUUGAUUUUCAUUUAUCAUUGGUGUAGGCCCAAAGCAAUUUGUAUUCUUCAGUUGUAGAAAGUGAAGCUUAUAUAGGCAAUAAAGCAUUUUUUAAAAACAUAUUAGUCACCCAAAAUGUGCAUCUUAGCAUACAAAAAUCUUAAAAAGCUUUAACCUAUACAUUUUGCCAACUGUAAGUCUAGCUUUGAGGUCUAGCUUUCGAUUCCAAACUCCAAAAUCAUAUCAAUAAAUGCUCAUUUUGACCAAUUGGUCAUGUUGGUAGGCUAAUUUAGACUCAGGAGACGAUUUUAUUUUUAUUCAAAACAAGGUCAAUUCCGACAAUUUUUAUCUUAUUUUGGCCAACAAUGGCUCUUCUGUUGGUAAAGGUUGCCGACCCCUGCUUUAGGAUGUAGUGGUCAUCAGGCAUUAACCCAAUGUUUGGAUCUGUGUUUUUGUGUGUGAUGUAAGAAAAUUGCACUUUAAUUUGUGUCAAAUAUUUUUAUUUGCUUGUAUAUUUAUUUUAUUAUUUUUCUAUUUGUUCUAUUUAUUAUUCUUUUUUAUUCAUUCAAAUGUUUUUUUCAUGUCAUCAGUUUGUGAAUUUCUGCUUUACUACUGAAAUUAGUUAUUUAUACAUUUUACAUUUAGACUGAGAAAUCUACCAAAUCUGUGUGGCGACCACACUGUGUGCAGUUUUGAAGCUCAUUCCAUAUGUCUGUAGUUGUGAUAUUGCUGUCAUGUCCAUCUUUGUCCAAGUGUUUGACUUUUUUUAAUUUUAUUUCAGCAACAACUAUCUCUGACUGUUGUUGUCUAUGACAUUGCUACAUAUUUACUAGCCACUGUUGUGAAAACCAAUGCAAAAAAGCCUAGAGUGCAGAAAUGUAAUAAAAUACAGAGAAA